AAAUCUCUACAGUAUUUUUUUAGAAAAGAGGGAAGUAUCAGCCCACAAAUCAAAAGAACCGAAACACUUCAAGGAAGUUUUUUUUUUUAAUUAACUCCCCAAGAUCCCAGGCUGGAGCAGCCCCACUCUCUGUCCGGGGCCUAGAGACCUUCUUAGCUUUGUCUUGGAUCCUGAUUUAUUGAUCUGGUCUUCAGGCAGGAACCUGCCUUAGCCUCUGAGCAGAUGACCAACUCAGCUGACCCUCCCUUUGAUGGACAUUCUCCCGGGUCGGGGGGGGGGAGUUGCGGGUGCUGGUGGUCGUCCAACCGUGCCGGCAGACGGAGCGUGAAAACUGCUCCUCCCCCCUCGCCGUGGCAGAAAAGUAUGAAGUAAUAUUUCUCCGCAUCUCCGGAAAGGCGGGGAAGACGCGCUCCGUGUCUGCGGGGGAUGCGCGGCUCCUCCGCCGCGCGCCCAGCCGCCCAGGCUACCCCUGCCUGCUGCUAGGCAGAGUCGUUCUUCCUGCCCUGCCCGCCGCGCCGCCUUUCUCACGUGCUUGUCCUGCAAUCCCGGGUUCUCUUGCCGCAGCGGGGACAGCCCGGCGGGCUUGCGCGCCGCAGUGUCCCUGUCCAGGGUGCUGAAGAGGAGCGCCGACUCAAGCGCGGCGCCCAAUUCUCUCCGCCUUGGCUCCGGCGGGGCGCUUGGAUCGGGCUGCCCGGUCGGGAGCUUGAGUAGGAGCAGGGCGGGCAACCCGGCGCCCCUUGGCCUUGCAGCGGCCUUGAGCAGCCUUUCCUCUGCGCUCAGGAGAAAGCUGAGGAAGGCGACUGGAAGGGUCCCAUCCUCCGCUCGCUCGGCAGCCCCCCUCCGCCGUCUCUCUCUCUCUCUUUCUUUCUUUCCUUCUGCCUCCCCCUUCUCACGCUUCAGCAACUUCUUUUCCUUCCUACCUCUCUCAAAACCGCAGCGCAGUCUUUAGGCUGCGAGAAGGGAGCUGGCCCCCAACCCAACUGCACUUCGGAGGACUUUGGCUCCAUUCGCUUCCCUGCUCGUUUCGCCUCCAUCCCCGGUGUUUGGCUUCCGCGCCUUGGCUGAAUUCCCCUCUCCCUUCCCGUUCAUGCCACUCCGUCGGAAUCCGUCCUGGACUCGGAUGAAGUCUGAGCUCCUGGGCUAGACAAAGGCUGCUGCGGAGGAGAUACUUGGAGAGAAUUGCGAAGUUGAGCAACUUGGCUUGGAGACGGAGGAGUCGGACUAAGGGGGAGCAAUCCUCGGAAGUCUGGGGUCCUGGAGGGAGGAGAAAGUGGGGGUGAGUCCACAUAAGGCACUUUGGGAGUCCGUUACAAACCUGGCACCAGCCUUGACGUGCCCAACGUAUUCAGCUUGGCUUGGGUUUUUUUCUUGGUGGAGGCUCAGCCUCCGGUGCCAUCAACCCAGCCUAAAUCCUUCCGUGUAGCGUGUGAACCCAAAACAGGCUAACUCAGAAGGCCGGUGAAGAAGCUUGUCGUGUGAACCGCGGGAAGGGCAGGGAAGGGGUUUGAUGGCUCGGAGGAAGCGUGUGGCGGCCCUUCGGAGGAGCAACGCUGGCGGGAGGAACUCUCCAGGAUCCUGAAGGCAGACCAUGGUGGAGACGCUGACCAUCGCCGUCCUGGGGGCCCCCAGGGUAGGCAAGACGGCCAUCAUUCACCAAUUCUUGUACCAUGAUUUCACAGACAAGUACAGCCCCACCGAGGACCGUUACAUCUACCGGCCGUCAGUCAUGCUGAACGGGAAUUCCUACAACCUGAAAAUCAUGGACGUCCCCUACGUGGCUGCUUUUCCUGCCAACAGCUCUCAGGAGUGGUCAGACCUAAAGUAUUGGGGCCUACGAAACACCGACGCCUAUGUUCUGGUGUACGACAUUUGCAGUCCAGAAAGCUUUGAAUACGUGAAAAUGCUCCGUCAGCAGAUUCAGGACAACAGGACAAGCAACAUCAGCGAAGCGCCCGUCAUCGUAGUGGGGAACAAGCGGGACCUGCAAAGAGAGCGUUUCACGCCCCGCCGGACACUCUCCUUGCUCGUGAAGAAGGCCUGGAAGUGUGGCUACAUGGAGUGCUCGGCCAGAUACAACUGGCACAUCAUCCUGCUCUUCAAAGAGCUGCUAUGCAGCAUCGUGGCCCAGGGCUGUCGGAGCUAUCACUCUGCGGUGCGCCUCCAAGGGGCGCUGCACACAAACAGGUGCAGCCUCAUGUGAGCUGGGAGGGGAGGAUGGAGUGGGCUGGAAGGUGGGGGACGUCCUGAACAUUCAUCUUAAGACAAGGGUGUCCAAACAGGGCCGUUUUAAGUUUUGUGGACUUCCAGAAUUUCCCAAGUCAGAAUUCUGGGAGUUGAAGUCCACAAGUCUUAAAGUGGCCAACUUUGGAGAGCUUUGAUCUGAGUCAGGGGUCUUCAAA